AUGAAUAUUACAAAUCUCUCUGCUCGCCAAAUCAACCAUAUAUAUGCCAGAGCUCUUGAACGUGGCUUCAACCCUGAUCUCCUCUAUCUUACUAUCCGUGAUGAAUUCCUUCAAGAUGCCCCCCGCAGUGGCAGACCUACAAAACAGACUUCUUCUAUUCGAGAGCAAGUAUUAGCGAAGAAGAUUGGAAAAGAGUUAUAUGGUCAGAUGAGACAUCUGUUAUAUUGCUUCAUCACUGUAGAGGAUAUCGAAUUUGGAGAACCUCCAAGGAAAGAUUUUCUCGAAGUUGCAUACACGAGCGAUGGAAGGGGUCUUCAGAGUUCAAAUUCUGGGGUUGUUUCUCAUAUGAUAAAAAGGGUCCCUGUCACUGCUGGAGUCCGGAAACUGCUCAAGAAAAGGCUCAAUUUAUCACAUUCAACGGAUGCUCUGAAGAAAAUUGUAGCGUUUUUAGUGCUUAGAAAGAAAGAGAAAAGAGAUCAGAAGGAAAGGUUGUACGAAGGGGGUUCUUAUAGAGGGGAGAUCGGGGCGGAAGAAUAUCAGAAGCCGCCCCGCAGUGGAGCACGGAGCGGAAGAACAUUGAGGGUUACGCGGAAGAAUCGUUACAACUACGCGACUACGCGGGCGCGGAGCGUGAGGCAAAAGGGGUUGGUUGCAUACAAAGUAUCUAAAGAAUGUGAUCAAUAUACUGCUAUCAAUAAAUGA